AUGAGAUAUUAUAAGGCUGCAUCUUUUUAUACUCUCAGUAAACCUGCAUCAAUUCAGGCAGAGGUUCUGCAAAAUGGCCCAAUAGAAGUUUCUUUCCAGGUUUACCAAGAUUUUUAUGCAUAUAAGAGUGGUGUUUAUAAGCACACCACUGGAAAAUUGGUUAGUCGUCACUCAGCCAAAAUUAUUGGAUGGGGAGCUCAAGGGGAAACUAAUUAUUGGAUUGUUGCUAACUCUUGGGGUGAUACUUGGGGUAUGAAUGGAUACUUCUGGAUUGCUUUUGGAGAUUAUGGAAUUAAUAAUACUGGUGUUGCUGGACUUCCUGCAGUCUAA